AUGUAUGAUAUCACAACGUUAUGGAGGGCCCCAGUGGUCAAUCCCGUCAACCGGAAAGCUCGCUCGAUUCCCGGGCUCAACCCCAUUAAUAUGUAUGGUCGUGUGUUCACAUUUGCUUGGUUUGGAUUCUUUGUAGCAUUCUGGAGCUGGUAUGCCUUUCCACCACUCUUGACGCUUACCAUCGGGAAAGACUUGAAGCUCACUCAAGUCGACAUUGCCAACUCUAAUAUUAUCGCGCUCGUUGCUACUCUCCUUGUCCGACUAGUUGCUGGUCCGAUGUGCGAUCUCUAUGGCCCUCGAUACACAUUUGCAGCUUGUCUGCUGGCUGGCUCCAUACCCACUGUGCUUGCAGGUGCGGUCACCAACGCCAAAGGUCUCUUGGCUCUCCGUUUCUUCGUCGGUAUCCUCGGCGGUAGCUUUGUGCCUUGCCAAGUAUGGUCGACUGGGUUCUUCGACAAGAACGUCGUUGGCACGGGCAACUCUUUCACUGCAGGCUUCGGCAAUGCUGGAGGCGGUGUCACAUACUUUUUGAUGCCCGCCAUCUUCGACUCGCUGGUCCACCAGUCAGGCCUGACUCCCCACAAGGCAUGGCGAGUGGCUUUCAUCGUCCCGUUCAUUGUUAUCGUCGCCGUCACCGUCACGUUAUUGUUGGUAUGCCCCGACACCCCAACAGGAAAAUGGAGCGAGCGCCACCUCGCCGCCCAGCAGAAUCUGGCUGAACAUGGCAUCACCGGUGAUGUUGUCGAAAUUCCAGGAGAAAUCACUGCCGACAAGUCGUCUUCCCGUGAGUCAGGCUCUCCGACCCGGGAUCCCGACGCAAAAAUCGAAUACGACGCCACCGGCGAGCGCAAGGGUAGCUCUGACCAUGAAGCUCAAAUUGGCGAACAGCAGAUGCUCGAUGUCGCCCGCGGUGAAAUCGUCCGCAAACCCACCUGGAAGGAAGCAAUGCCCGUCGUUUUCUCCCUACAAACCCUCGUCACCUGCGGAUGCUACUUCUGUACCUUCGGCGCCGAAUUGUCCAUCAACUCCAUCCUCGGCGCCUACUACCUCAAGAACUUCAAAGCUCUCGGUCAGACCGGCUCCGGCCGCUGGGCCGCCAUGUUCGGUCUCCUGAACGUCGCAUGUCGCCCCCUUGGCGGUCUCCUCUCCGACGCCAUAUACGCCCGUACCGGCGUUUGGGGCAAGAAAUACCUCAUCCACACCUACUCCAUCAUCACCGGCGUGUUCCAAAUCGCCAUCGGUCUCACCAACAGCCAGCACAAGAGCACCAUGUUCGGCCUCAUCGCCGGCAUGGCCUUCUUCCUCGAGGGCGCCAACGGCGCCAUCUUCGGCCUCGUGCCGCACGUCCACCCCUUCGCCAACGGCAUCGUCUCCGGCUGCACCGGCGGUAUCGGCAACCUGGGUGGCAUCAUCUUCGCCAUCAUCUUCCGCUACCAAGGCACCGAUUACGAAAAGACCAUUUGGGUCAUCGGCAUCAUCACCAUCUGCAUCAACCUGUCCUUGAGCUGGAUCCGGCCGAUCCCGAAAGGGCAGAUCGGUGGGAAUUAG